AGGUGGAAAAGAAGAUAAGAAACAGAAUUAGCUGUUAGAUUUUCCAAAAUAAAGCUUUUGUUUCUUGUAUGAAAAGUGUUCAUCGCUCAGUAUUUAAACUUUGGACUGGCCUGUAUAUGAUAUUAUGAGAGAACACAUUGUUGGUGUCCUUUAGAGAUUUAAGUUACAUUUGAACAAUUAUUUUAUAAUUUUAAGUUCUUUUGACAAGGGUUUUGUAAUAUGCCUCCAAGGUGAGAUGUUGAUGCUGAAGACCUAAGAGGGGAAAAUAAAGACGAAUGAUUAAAUAAUGUUAAUUUCUUGAGUUUGAAUUCUCUAUGUUUUUAACAGCACAAUUGAAAACAUAAUGUUUAAGGCAGCAGUGAUCACCAGAAUUACAGACCCUACUAACUUCUGACUCAGUAUGGCAGUAUUAAUAUUGCUUUAUUUUUAUGUGUUACAGAUAUUGGUAAACAUUUUAUGGACUGUUUUUCACAGAAAAGGUUAUGUAAAUUUUAAUGGAUUUAUAAGAAUGGAAACAUGAGUAAUUUAAAAAAUAGAAAUAGAGUUCUAUGUAGUAGCUGUUUUAGAGAUUAAAGUAGUGCCAGAAAAGAUAGUGACUAUUAUUACUAUCUAGAUUUAUUUUUAAGUACUUGGGAAAGUUGAAAUGUGGAUUAAUUAGCAUUUCUGCAGAUUGAUAAUAUUAGAAAAAGCAUUGGCUAUUAAUUAGCCGAGAUGGGAACAGUAGGAGAAAAAUGGUAGAUUUUAGUAUUAUGAAAUACAUGAUUAUCCCAAAUAUGUAUUGUUUACUAUAUGACAUGAAUUGAGGUAUAAAAAGAUAUUCCUCCACACAGAAAUAACUUGUAGCCCCUUAAAGAAUAUACGACUUAGUGGGAGCCAUGAUUAAAAUAGUCAUACUAAAAUUGACUUCUAAUCUUAUGCCCUCUGUUUUAUAAAAAUGAUCCAAAUUAAUGACACCUAUGCUUUUGUGAGUUUAAUAGUUUUGGUUUCAUCCAUCCUCUGUAGGUAAGAAUUAUGUAGCAUGAAUCUGGGUUUGUUUGCUUUGCUUGCCCUUUAUUUUUGGUAUAAUCUUAGUGUGCAGAAGUGCCCAGGGAGCUGGGCAUGGUAGUGCACACAUAAUCCCAGCUUCUUGGGAAUCAGAAACAAGAGAAUCACAAGCUUCAUUCCAGCCUGGGCAAAGUUAGUAAGAACCCCAUAUCAGAAACAAAAUGCAACAAUAAAAGGGCUGUUGGUGUACAGUAGUAAUUCUAAGAACUUUGUUAUUUAAAACAUUUAAAAAAAGUAUUUUACCUAGGCCAGAUGUUGUAGAAAUUUAGUUUUUCCCUCUGAAUUAUCGUAUUUGUUAAGUUGUAUGGAUUUAUACAAUAUUUAUGGAAAAGAAAACUGUGGCUUAGUAUCACACAAAUUGUAUGAUAAAAAUAGAGUCGAAGAGUUUUACCUAGAGACUUGAGAACUAAUUACUGUUAAUAAAUGAGCAAAUCUGGAAAACCUUCUUUGCCCCUUUAAAGAGACAGAAAGGAAUGACUCUAAGCAACAUGGGAGAAAAUUAUGAUUUAGGCAAUUUUGGUUAUACCCUUGUAAACUAGCUUUGAUUUCUUGGUUCAUCAUGGAGUACUAAUUUUCUUUAUUGUAGCAAAUUUCAGGCCACCAGAAGGUGGUGACUCUUCCAUUUGGAAUGUUAUUUCUGUACUUUACUUAGAAAUAGUCCCAGAAUUCAGACACUUGGUUUUGGGGGUGUGUGUGUGUAUGUGUACCAACUGCAAUAAGGAUGUGGUGCGGUGGUUGAGCACUUUGUUGGUACACAUGAGUCAAAAAAACACAAAAGAAAUGUAAAUAUUGGAUAGUAAUUUAUGGAUAAUAUGGAGGAGUUUAGUUUGGCUCAUGACUGUAUCACUCGCUUAUCCUUAUAAGAUCUGAAGUGGAUUUUAUUUUCUGCCUACUACCAAAGCCAUAAUUCUUGUAUAAAUCCUUGAAUAGGUUAUUUUUAGGGUCAUUUAUUAUUUACUUCAUACGUAGUAGCAUUUGAGUAGCUUUAUGUCUAAGUCGAUCAUCACUGAUUGUGUUAUUAUUAUGAAGAAGAAUGCGUAAUAACUAGUUUUGUUUAGGUAGCCAUGUAACUUACCCAGUUGGACAGGUAGAAGAGUAAAAAGGAAUGAAAUUAAUAAUUGGAACAACAGCUAUAAAUAAAGACUGAUCCAGGCUAACAAAGAUAUACAGUCCCCUAAGUAGGAUGCUUUUGAUGGCAAGUAACAAAAAACAUCUCAAUUAACUUAGUAAGGGAAACAUACUAGCUUGUUUGCAAGUGCUACAGGUGUGAUUCAGUGAAGACUCUGGCUUUUGUUUUUCUUUUUUCUAGACUGUCUUCUAUGCCUUGCUACUCUUACAUUUGUUGCAUGACUGCUUGCAGUGAUCUAGACUAUACUCUUUGUUUAUGAUCAGCAGGAGAGAGAAACUUACAUCUGUCAUUAACAUAAACAUAAAAUGAGUAUUGAGGUGCUGUGAUUAUGCUUCUAAACUAAUCUCUGUCAAGGGGAAAUGUCAUGUGCUGAUUGUUUUAGGCAUGGGGUAUCUGAAUCCUACUGGGGCAAGGAGAAUGCAGCUUAAUGAAGGGAGAGAAACCUCAGUAUUCACUACCAAGUUUUGUAUGGUUGCUUGUUUGCAUUUUUCCUUAGGGAUCUGUUAAUGAGUUUCUGCGAGAACUUCACUGAAUACUGCAGAUGAAGUGUUUUCCUUCAAGUGACAAUUUGUAGUAUAAAAUGACUUACCAGUUUGGCAAUGGGAGAGGAAAAGAAAACUUACCAUCCAUGUCAUUUUCUCUCUCUUUUUACAAUAAGGCUGUAAUAAUUAUUGAUGUUUUUUUUUUUUUCCCCACAGACUAAUAGGGAUGCCAAAGGAAAAAUAUGAUCCUCCAGAUCCUCGCAGAAUUUAUACCAUCAUGUCAGCAGAGGAGGUAGCCAAUGGGAAAAAAUCUCACUGGGCAGAAUUAGAAAUCUCGGGUAAAGUGCGGAGCUUAAGUACAUCACUUUGGUCAUUGACACACUUGACAGCGCUGCACCUAAAUGACAAUAACCUUACUCGCAUUCCACCUGAUAUUGCCAAGCUUCAUAAUCUGGUUUACCUGGAUUUGUCAUCCAAUAAACUCAGAAGUUUACCAGCAGAACUAGGAAACAUGGUGUCUCUCAGGGAAUUGCUUUUAAAUCACAAUCAGUUACGGGUUUUGCCUUAUGAACUUGGUCGGCUCUUCCAGCUACAAACUCUAGGUUUGACGGGCAAUCCUUUAUCACAGGAUAUUGCCAACUUAUACCAGGACCCAGAUGGAACCCGAAAGCUGCUGAACUUCAUGCUUGACAAUCUUGCAGUUCAUCCAGAGCAGCUUCCUCCGAGGCCAUGGAUUGCAUUAAAAGAACGAGACCAAAUUCUGCCAUCAGCAUCAUUCACGGUUAUGUGUUAUAAUGUUUUAUGUGAUAAAUACGCUACCCGGCAGCUAUAUGGCUAUUGCCCAUCCUGGGCAUUAAACUGGGAAUACAGAAAAAAGGGAAUUAUGGAAGAAAUUGUUAACUGGGAUGCAGACAUCAUUAGUCUUCAGGAAGUAGAAACAGAGCAAUACUUCACUCUCUUUCUGCCAGCAUUGAAGGAGCGUGGAUAUGAUGGAUUUUUUUCUCCAAAGUCACGUGCCAAAAUUAUGUCUGAGCAGGAGAGAAAGCAUGUGGACGGUUGUGCAAUAUUCUUCAAAACAGAAAAAUUUACGUUGGUGCAAAAGCAUACAGUGGAAUUUAAUCAAGUAGCAAUGGCUAAUUCAGAUGGAUCUGAAGCUAUGUUGAACAGAGUGAUGACAAAAGAUAACAUUGGAGUUGCUGUGGUAUUAGAGGUCCACAAAGAACUAUUUGGAGCAGGUAUGAAGCCUAUUCAUGCUGCAGACAAACAGCUGCUUAUAGUGGCAAAUGCCCACAUGCAUUGGGAUCCAGAGUAUUCUGAUGUGAAACUUAUCCAGACCAUGAUGUUUGUCUCAGAGGUUAAAAACAUUCUGGAGAAAGCCUCAAGUAGGCCUGGCAGCCCAACUGCAGAUCCUAAUUCCAUCCCGCUGGUGCUAUGUGCAGAUCUUAACUCAUUGCCAGAUUCAGGUGUUGUGGAAUAUUUAAGCAAUGGAGGAGUAGCUGACAACCAUAAAGACUUCAAGGAACUAAGGUACAAUGAGUGUCUUAUGAACUUCAGCUGCAAUGGAAAGAAUGGAAGCUCAGAAGGGAGAAUCACACAUGGCUUCCAACUUAAGAGCGCCUAUGAAAAUAACUUGAUGCCUUAUACCAAUUACACCUUUGAUUUCAAAGGUGUGAUUGACUACAUUUUCUAUUCCAAGACUCAUAUGAACGUGCUUGGUGUCCUGGGGCCUUUAGAUCCUCAAUGGCUGGUUGAGAACAACAUCACUGGGUGUCCACACCCUCACAUCCCUUCAGACCACUUCUCACUGUUAACACAACUUGAACUCCACCCUGCACUCCUGCCUCUUGUCAAUGGUGUUCACUUACCUAAUCGGAGGUAGUGGAGUACUGCCCUGCAAAGGCAGGGAUCUGUUGCUAUGGACCUGUACAGUUGUAAAUCAAAGUAUGUAGGAGUGAAGUAUGGCUGUGUUUAAGCUGCUUCUUCAGGUUCCUUUCAUUAUGUGUUUGCCAUAAGACUUUGUACGUUUUUGUGCAUAUUGAUAUCAUUUGGCACUAGGGCUGGAACCAAAGUAUUACUGUCUACCCAAAAUUUUAAUUUAACAUGUUUUUAAAUUGGACUUUCUUCAUAUUAUAUUAGGAGCCAGCAUUCAUAAUUGGUAAAUCACUAGUUUGAGCCACAACAACAGUGUAUUUGUUUUUAGGAAACAAAUAUAUUCUUUUGAAUGGUUUCAAAUUGAGCCAGUCAGUUUUGUAAAAAGCAAUUU